AUCUUUCAUGUAAAUAUUAUUACUUUCUUCUGCUGCGAAGUUCGAAUCAGAGAAAAGCAAAAUGGUGACGGUGCAGGUGGGCGGAGGUCUGACGUUCCAUGAUCGGCAGAUUUUGGCGGCAGUCAACACCGGAGCCUCUAGUCUGUCCUUUGUUGGGUCUGGGUUUAUAGUGCUCUGCUACUGUCUUUUCAAGGAACUUCGCAAGUUCUCCUUCAAGCUCGUCUUCUUCCUCGCCCUCUCAGAUAUGCUUUGCAGUUUCUUUAACAUGGUGGGGGAUCCAUCAAAAGGCUUCUUUUGCUAUGCUCAGGGCUACAGUACGCAUUUCUUCUGUGUUGCUUCUUUCUUGUGGACUACAACAAUAGCUUUUACUCUCCACCGAACUGUUGUUAGGCACAAAACAGAUGUUGAAGAUUUGGAGGCCAUGUUUCACUUGUAUGUUUGGGGAACCUCACUUGUUAUGACUAUCAUACGUUCAAUUGGUAAUCACCAUUCACAUGUGGGUAGUUUGUGUUGGGGACAAACUGGUCGUACUGGAAAGGCAAUUCACUUUAUAACAUUUUAUUUGCCACUCUGGGGUGCAAUUCUUUACAAUGGUUUCACAUACUUUCAAGUGAUACGCAUGCUGAACAAUGCUAGACGCAUGGCAGUUGGGAUGUCAGGCCAUUCAUAUGAAUUUGAUGCAAGGGCAGACAUGAGGGCUUUGAACAGGUGGGGUUACUAUCCACUCAUUCUAAUAGGAUCCUGGGCAUUUGGCACAAUCAAUCGUAUUCAUGAUUUCAUUGAGCCAGGUCACAAAAUCUUUUGGCUUAGACUGCUUGAUGUUGGAACAGCUGCACUUAUGGGCCUUUUCAACUCAAUAGCAUAUGGCUUGAACUCUUCUGUACGGAGGGCAACUUAUGAAAGACUAGAACUGUUUUUGCCUGAGAGACUUCGAAGAUGGUUCCCCACUGGUUCAAGGUAUAGAAACCAAGAACAAGAGAGUGAACUGGUCUCUUUGAAAAUUCAAGAUCAACAAUAGCAAUAGCAGCAGCCAGAUCAUUGUCCAUCCUUCCAUCAGAAAAGCUCAGCUCUUUUCAAAAUUUUGUAGAAUUUAUGCAUUAAAUCGUAGAGGAUUCGAACUUCAAAACAAAGAGAGAGGCUGCUCCUGCCAUUCUGAUCAAUGCCUCAUCAAAGCAAUUUCAGUCUGCAUCAUCAGAAGAAUGAUUUGCUAUAAAGGUCAGAAGUUGUUAUUUCAGCAAGUCAGGAAGCAACAACAAAAACAGUAGAUGAUUGAGUUGUGGACACCAUUGCUGUAGGAAAGGCUCAAGUAUUCUAUUUACUGGUCUGAUUCAUUUGCUUUCAAUAUUAUUUAUUGUUUAACAAUUUUCUGUCUUUUAAAUUGUGAUUUUUCUGUAUAUGAUUGUUCUCUCUUCCUAUCAAUAAUAACACGAAAUUGUUUUG